AUGAAAAAACUGCGCUACCAGAUUCAAGAUACUAUUGCAUCUGACGUUGGUAGAGCUAUAGAAAAAAUAGAGAUGAUAGCUGCUUCAGCUGAAAAAUCGCGAAGAGAGAGGAUUCUGCCUGAGGAGCAUUCAGAAGAAUUGUACAAUGAAAUGGUAGACACUUUUGCAGAUCUUAUAGAAAUCGUAAAAAAUCCACAAAACACUUACAGAUUCUUAAACACAAAAGGCGUUGAUCGAAUAAUUACUCCGAUAAUUGGUAUUAAUUACGAUCCUCUGAAGAAACAAUUUCUGUUACUGAUCAAAACAUUAUUUAAAGUAACUCCAACGACAACUAAAGCACUAAUGCCGGCGAGUGUUGUGGAUAAAUUGUUGGAUAUUUUCGAAAAUGAUGAUAAUCUAUCAUUAAAAGCGCAUGCAGUAGAUAUUAUGGAUAUGUGGUUGCCGGAGAAUCCUAAACUACAAGCCAGGGUGAUGAGGUUGAAGGGUUUGGAACCUUUUUAUCAUCAAGUGUCCAAAUUGGACAAUUCCGUCGUAGAAAUAUUGCUGGGUCUAUUCAAUAAGAUAUUAUCAGAACAUGUGCAUUAUAGAAGUAACAGAGCCCAAAAAACUAAAGAAGAUUUUGAGAAAAUACGACUCUAUGAAAUGAUCGGUCUCAUCGAAAGAAUGUCUACUCCGACCGUCUGCUACGGUCUUCUGAAUAUAAUUGAAGUCUUCUCACCAUUGAAUGAUGAUCAGCCAUUCUCUUUAACAAUUUUUGAACUCGUCAAGAAUAUAAAACCGUUUUGUCUCAAUAUAUACAGGGGAAAGGCUCAAGCUAUCAAAGUUUUCGAAGAUUUGGCGAAUAUAAUUUCAAACAGAAAAGAAUCGUUUAGAAAUAUAACAGAUUUUAGGAUUUUGUUGGAGGAUUACGUUAAAUAUAUUAAAGUCAGAGACGAAUUCUGA